AUGGACAGCCGAGGCGCCUCGAGGCUGCUCGAGGAGCCACGCCCGGCCGGCGACCGCAGACUGUUCCCUGACAACGAUGCAUCGAUAACCCUGACACGACCGCCGACGCCCCAGGCGCGGACGCCUCUGGACAAGCACAGCCUCGAGUAUGUCAUCCGCUCCGGGCUCGCAGGUGGAUUGGCAGGAUGUGCAGCGAAAACCGUUGUCGGCCCUCUUGACCGGGUCAAAAUCCUCUUCCAAGCCUCCAAUCCUCAGUUCGCAAAGUACACGGGCUCCUGGUUCGGUGUGGUGACGGCAAUGCGGGACAUCAAAUCACACGAAGGCUUCCGAGGGUUAUUUCGUGGACAUUCUGCGACCCUCCUGAGGGUCUUCCCAUAUGCCGGGAUCAAGUUCCUCGCCUACGAGCAGAUUCGAGCCGGGGUCAUUCCAGACAAAAUCUACGAAACACCAUUCCGACGAUUUAUAUCUGGGUCGAUGGCAGGCAUCACGUCCGUCUUCUUCACCUACCCUCUCGAGGUCAUCCGCGUGCGGUUGGCUUUCGAAACCAAACGGGACUCACGGUCGUCUCUGACCAGGAUCUGUCGACAAAUCUACCACGAACAGCCUCCGCAACCAGAGAAUCUCGCGGGUCACUCGCCGGUUGCCGCCGCCUCGAGUGCGGCGCAUCGAGCUGUCCCAAAAUCGGGGCUGGUCAACUUCUACCGCGGGUUUUCCCCCACCUUGUUGGGCAUGUUGCCAUAUGCGGGAAUGUCAUUCUUGACGCACGACACGAUAGGCGACAUAUUCAGACAUCCCGUCCUGGCGCCAUACACCGUGUUACGCUCAACCGCGACCGCCGCCGCCCCUCCUCCAGGAGAAGGCCGUUCAAAUACUCAGGUUCACCGGCGAGCCCAACUGACGGCCCCGGCGGAGCUCACCUCGGGCGCCAUCGCAGGCCUCGUCUCUCAAACCUCGUCGUACCCGCUGGAGGUGAUUCGGCGGAGAAUGCAAGUCGGUGGUGCUAUAGGAGAUGGCCAUCGCUUGACUAUUGCCGAAACCGCGCGUCGGAUAUGGCUGGAACGAGGGUGGAGAGGGUUCUUCGUCGGCCUCACCAUUGGCUAUGUGAAGGUCAUACCGAUGGUCGCCACGAGUUUCUAUGUUUACGAACGCAGCAAAUGGCUGUUGGGAAUUGCUUAA